AUGAGCUUGCACCCUGUGCUCCAUCGCACCGCCCAGCCAAUUGCCGUCUCCGAGUUUAUUGAUGCCCUGCGCGCGGCCGCGCCCCCGCGGUUCCCGCAUGGGCGCGCCGUGUACCACCGCCGCGUUGGCAUGGCCAUCAGCGGCGGUGUCGACUCCAUGGCACUUGCGUUCCUCUGCGCUGAGGCCCGUCGUUUCCACCCGUUCAUGCGCAUCAGCGACGCGCCUACGGGUGGGUUCACGGGGCUGGUGAUUGACCACGGCCUGCGCGAAGGCAGUGGCGAAGAGGCCAAGGCGGUCGGCAAGGCGCUGGUGGAAAUGGGACACAGAUACCAGAUAUGGCCGCUGCGAUGGCCUGAGGCAGAAACGGUGCCUGGUUCUGGGUCUGGGUCUGGAUCAGGACCAGCACCUACCGGCCUGCCUUCGGCUCUGGAGACCACGGCGCGGCGGCUGCGCUACCGUGAGUUUGGCUUGCGGCUCGCCCAUCUCAGAAUCGUGACGCUGCUGCUGGCACACCACGAGGACGACCAGUACGAGACCGUUCUGAUGCGGCUGCUCUCGGGCUACGGCCUGAACGGCGGCAUCCGCGGGUUGCGGGGCAUGCGCGCGGCCGCCGACCUGCCCGAGUGCCAGGACAUCUACGGCGCGCACCAGAGCGGCUUCGUGGACGACCAGAACGAGCCGAUGCCGUACGUCAUCAUGCGCCCGUCGCGAUUGCAGCGGCGGUACAUGAAGAUGGAGUUUCGCGAGGACAUGCGCCUGGCGGCGUCGGUGCUGGGGGACGGCGCGGGCAGCAACAUGGACCGCCAGUGGAGGCAGUGGACGCACCUGCACCAGCUGCUGGGCCACUCGGCGCCCCCGCUGGCGCCGCUGGACACCGAGGACUUGGGCAUUGUGGCGUACCGACCGCUGCUGCCGUUUGCCAAGGAACGGCUCGUGGCCACAUGCCUGGCGAACAACGUGCCUUGGUUUGAAGACCAUACGAACGCGGACCCGACACUGACAAUGCGGAAUGCGCUGCGGUACGUGGCACAGCACCACGCGUUGCCCCAAGCCCUGCAGAAGCCGGCCAUUCUGGAGCUGGCGGCACGCUGCGAUGCCACUUCGCGGCAGCACGAGGCCGAGGCGCGACGGCUGAUUGUGCGGCACGGUGUGGUCGUGCGAUUCAACACGAAUGUGGGCACCAUUGUGGCUCGGUUGCCGCGGCUGCAGGCCAAGGCACGACGGAGACCGUGGCGGAGGGGAACCGGCUCGUAUGCGAUUGCCUCCGCCGAGCGCCGUCGUCUGUAUCUACGCACGAUUGCCGCCCUGGUCGUUCAGAAACUGCUCGCGUAUGUCACGCCGGAGACGAACGUGACGCCCGUAUCACAACUACAGGGCGUUGUCGACACGCUGUUCCCGGAUCUGGUGGACCCCGAUGCGAAGGAGACAGCAGCCCGGGCCGCCGCCGACCCCAAGGCCUUUAUCAUCUGCGGCACCCAUUUCAUGCCGUUUUUCGACAACUCAGCACCGGGCGCGUGGCCGUCGCUGUCGAAGUCGGCGCCGCCCGACCGAUACACGCGUUCUUGGUACCUCGCCCGCGCGCCCUACGCGUCGCCCGAGCGCGCGCCGCCUGGCGUGACCACCAUCCCCGCCAUCCGCUUCCAGUCGCUGGCGCUCUCGUACCGCUGGAACUGCCCUCCUUCGCAGUGGCGCUGGUCCAGCUGGAGCCGCUGGAAUUUGUACGACGGACGCUUCUGGGUCCGCAUCCGCACGCGGCUGCCGGCCAAUGUCGUCCUGCAACCGUUUGACAGGGAGCACAGUAAGCCCUUCCGUGAAGCGCUGGCCGCGGGCCCGUCCGGCCCUGGCCGCCUGUCGGCGUUUUUGGCCACCCUCAAGACCUAUGCGCCGGGGAAAGUGCGCUACACGCUGCCAGCCAUCUAUGCGUCGAGUGACGUUUCUUUUGCCCUCGAUGGCGGCGCGUACUGGCCGGAGGCAUCCGCGGCGGAAAAUUACGCCGAAUACGGGGAGGACGGGGAGGACGCGGAGGACGCGGCGGAUGCCGUGGACAGCGCAGGCGAAGGUGGAGACGCCAAAGACGACCGCGUCGACUACGCCAGCGACGAACCGCCCCCUUUUCGCAACUCUGGCCACCGCCAGUUCGACCUCUUCACCUGGGAACGCGACCAGCGGCGCUUCGAGCAGGCUCACCGCAAGGCGUGGCCUGAUCCGUCCCGGCCGCCCGGGCGGCUGCUGGUUUUGCCAACGCUGGGCGCCCACAUCCCAGGGAUCGAGGACUGGCUACAGUGGGAAGUGCGGUACCGCAAGGUCGACCGGGGCGUGCUGGACAGCGUCCAAGUUGCCGCCAUCGAGCGGAUGUAUUCCUAA